UCCACUACGUGUGCCAAACAAGGAUAUGAAUACUCUGAACAGUAAGAGGAAGGAGGACGAAAAACAAUAGUCGGGGUAUGCGGCGUGGGAAAUUUUCAGUAAGGUAUUGCUUAGUUUGUAGACCCCGACCCCGAAUCCUUUGUGUGGAUUCGGGGUCGUGGUGGGAAUGUAGGUGGUUACCCUGGUUUUUGGGGAAUAUUGAGAUACAUGGAAUAAGUUUAUAGUUCUUACAAUGUUGUAAACUUUGGGAAUAAAAUAUCUAUUGAAACUUAUUUCUUAUACGUCUUGUGUCAGACGAUUAGACUUAUUAUAUAAUUAAAAUUAAAAUAUACUACGUAACAACAAAAUAAAUAAUAAACUUACGUUUGACUCAAAAAACGUUAAUAAAAUUUUGUGAGAGAGCGUGCAACCCUCUGUAAGAUUUGUACUCGGCUAAUUAUAUUUUUCUUUAUGUAAAUCAAGUUGGAUUAUUCCACGUAACUAAUAAUUUGGUAUGAAUUUUAUCAUAACCAAUUUUCACAAAGGUACGUGACCUUUUCAUACCAGAAAAUUCGUGUAAAUAGUCUCAGAAAAGGAAUUAAAAGUACCUACAGCAAAUACGGCUCCAGCGGCCGUGACUUAAUCGCCCGUACUCGUAGCACACGAGCGCUAGAAGUUGCUCCAUCCGAGCGGAAAAUGCGUCACUACAAACGCGUAAAAAUAACCAGGAAACCCGCACUCGGCGCUGGCAACACCGACGGAAAGCCGGGAACGGGGCUCGAGCUUCAGUCGGUCGCCGGAUCUCGAGCGGCGUGGAUACGCCAAAUCCUACCGUGCUCAAAUUCCGCCAAAAUCGAACACCGAAUCCAAUAAACUGACAUAAAAACAAAGGCCGUAUUCCAAAUUCGGAUUCAUUCUUUCUUUUUUCGUGGUUUGCUUUUGUCGCGUGUGGACGUUUGUAAUAUUUAAAUAUGGAACUAGGUUAGGGAUGUGCAUAGGAUCGUGUGAAAACGCGUUAUUAAUAAAAGCCUGUUCACUUCAGAUCGAUUCCGUGCUAUGUCUGUGCGCAGAACAGUGAGAGUGAAGUGCGUGUGAUGCGAGCCGGUUGACUUCUCUGCCCCGACACCGCAGCGGAACCGUGGCGAAGAAAACCGUCAGGAUGGCCGACCCUGAUGCGUUCGAUGACGAGAAGCUGGUGGUGGGCAACGCCACGCAGCGCAACUGGCGCGGCAUCCUCAUCGCGCUGCUGGUGAUCGUGGCCGUCCUGGCGUUGAUCGUCACGUCUGUGGUGCUGCUCACGCCGCCCGAUGAGGGGCCCAGGGUCAAAGGCCGCCGGCUUCGCAUUCAGGAUCUGCUCAGUGAGGAACUGGUGCCUGUUAGGUGGAAUGGGACGUGGAUUUCUGGUGACGAGUUUGUUUUCCGCGACGCGUGGGGCGGCAUCAGCCUCAUGUUCGCUGCGAACCAGUCGUCCAAGACCCUCAUGCCAAAUACCACUUACAGAGUACUGGAGCCGGCGUCGUUCUCGGUGUCCGCGGACCGGCGCUUCCUGCUGCUGGCGCAGAGCCUGCGGCGGCUGCACACGCACUCGUACCUCGCGCGUUACACCGUCUACGACAUACUGACCACCGAGUCGUAUCCGCUGACGCCGCUACCGGACGAGGUGGGCGGCGGCGUGGUGACCGAGGGCCCGGCGCUGCUGCUGGCCACGUGGACCCCCAAGGGCCACGGGCUCAUCACGGUGAAGGACUGUGAUAUCUACUACCGGCCCGCGCCGCGCUCCUCCACUGGCUACCGCGUCACCGACACCGGCAAGCCUGGGACCAUUUAUAAUGGCGUGCCGGAUUGGUUGUAUGAAGAGGAGAUCCUCAAAACGCGGUCAGCGCUGUGGAUGUCCGCCGACGGCCACAUGGUGAUGUACGCGACCUUCAACGACACACUCGUUCUCGAGCAGAGGUUCCCGUGGUACGGCCCCUCGCUGGACACUGAUGAUCCGGCGAAGACAUACCCGGAGAUCAGAAGCGUAAGGUACCCGAAGCCUGGCACGAUCAACCCCACGGUGCGGCUCACGGUAGCCGACAUAGCAGACCCGAAGCACAUACGCACCAGGCACUUAACACCGCCGAAGAGUAUACUAGAAGAGGGUGACUACUACUUCACGAGCGCUCAAUGGGUCUCCCUCACAGAAGUGUGCGUGGUGUGGCUCACGCGCACGCAGAACCUCUCCGUCGUGUCAGUCUGCAAGAGCCCUAUGUGGUACUGCCAAGAGGUGUACAGGAUAUCAUCAGGCUCGGACAGCUGGGUGGAGUCCGCGCCGGCGCCGCUCUGGUCGGCCGGCGGCGGGGCGCUCGUAACGCUGGCCCCCAUCCGGGACGGGCCUGCCGGCCUGUUCCGACAUAUCGUCCGGGCCGAGCACAACGCUCACGGGCCAAGGGCGUUGCCGCUCACACACGGCAGCUUCGAUGUCGUCAAGCUGUUGGCGUGGGACCAUGCUAAUCAACACAUAUACUACCUGGGUAUACCCGAAGGUAAGCCGGGCCAGCAGCACCUGUACAUGGUGUCCUCAGAAGCCCCCCGGCCUGGCUCGCCGCAGAAGCUGCCUUACUGCGUCACAUGUAACACACAGCCUUCCCCGUCAAUCAACCUAGAGUAUUACGGCAACCUGGCGUCCUCGGGCGACAGCUGGGACAGCGACUGGGACGAGGAGCUGCCGGCCACCUCGCCCUCGCCCAACGCCAGGAAAAAGAAGAAAAAACGACCAGAACACAUCCAGCUAAACCUACCGUGCCUGUACCACGAGGCACACUUCAGCCCGUCGUCGGCGUACUUCGUGCUGGAGUGCCUGGGCCCUGGCGUGCCCACCACCAGCCUGUACCGCACGCUGCUGCCCGAGCCAAGGAUGCUCGUGCACUUGGAGAACAAUACUGCUGUCAAGGAGCGGCUAUCAUCGAUAGCUAUUCCGACGCCGCGCACGUUCUCGGUGCAGCUGUCGAGCGGGCACACGGCGCGGGUGCGGCUGCUGCUGCCGCCCGGGCUCCGGGAAGACGAGGUCACCAAGUACCCGCUCGUCAUGAAAGUACAUGGAGCGCCAGGCACGCAGCUGGUGACGGAGCGCUGGGCGCUGGACUGGGGCUCGCUGGCGGCGGGCGCGGGCGCCGUGCUGGCGGCCGUGGACGCGCGCGGCGCCGGCGGCCGCGGGCUCGGCGCGCACCACGCGCUGCACCGCCGGCUCGGCACCGUCGAGCUGCAGGACCAGCUCGAGGUGGCCGAGUACCUCCGUGACUCGCUGCACUUCAUCGACUCGCGCCGCGUGGCGGUGUGGGGGCGCGCGCACGGCGGGUUCCUGGCGGCGCUGGCGCUGGCCAGCCCGCUGGACGUGUUCCACUGCGGCAUCGCCAUCACGCCUAUCGUGCGCUGGAGAUACUAUGCAUCUGCGUACGCGGAGCGCUACAUGGGCUUCCCCAACGCGACGGGCAACUACCGCGGCUACGCCGACGCCGACGUGACGAAGCAGGCCGCGGCGCUGCACGACAAGAUGUUGCUGCUGGUGCACGGCACAGCCGACGACAACGUGCACGUGCAGCAGACCAUGGCGCUGGCACGGUCGCUGGCCGACCAAGGCAGCAUGUUCAGGCAGCAGAUCUACCCAGACGAGGGCCACAGCCUGUCCGGUGUGAGGCGGCACCUGUACCGCACCAUGUCGGCGUUCCUGGACGACUGCUUCCGCAAACAGGUGCCGCCCGAGACCAAGGCGGGGCUGCGGAACGGUGGCAACCUCGACUGAGACACGUGGCGGGACGAAGAGUUGUACUCGCGGUAAUGAACGGAGUCGCCGGCACAUUGUAGCAACCUUAUCCUAUUAACCUGUAGUACAACAAUUCCAUAUCCUGGCCCCAAUAUGUCUACUGCCAAAGAGUGGACAGCUCUGAACACAUAAUCAUAUAUGUGAUACCUAAUACAUUAGUAUUAAAGACAUUUUUAUCGUGUUAUAAACCCUGUCAAUAAAGUGCGAGAUCUAUAAAAUUAGACAGUGGAAACGUGUUUUUGACUAUGAUUUUAUUUUGUGUUUAAAAGUGUGCAGCCUGUGGCUGUUGCGUCAAGAAUCGUGAUGCAUUCAAUUUGGUUGUGUGUUCCGGUAAUGCAUUAGUGUGAGUGUUGAGCGGACCAGGGAUUGGUCGAAGCACAAUGGCUCCUCGAUGAUAGAGGGUGAUCGUAAAUAAAUUCGUUUAACGCAAUUGGAAAAUUUUACAAUAGGUACUUAUAUCAUUUUAUUCAAGAAAAUUAGGAAAAUAAAUUCACGAAAUUAAAUUUCAAAAUAUUCUUUUGCAUGUAAUAUAUUCGCAAAUUUUCUAACGAAUCUUUCAUUGCCUUGAACAUUUCUGCGAACAACUUGUCCUACAAUAAUCGUUUAAAUAACGAACAUCGUUAAGUUAAUUUUUAACCCCCGACGCAAAACGAGGCGUUUGGCGCCAAUAUCUGUCUGUGGCAUCGUAGCCCUCAAACGGAUGGACCGAUUUUGAUGCGGUUUUUCAACGUGAAAGUGAGUUUCCUUGCGGUGGUGGUUUAAAUUCGAUUAAAUUCAGUUCUUAGCAAUGAUUGAUACAAAUCGAUCCAGCAGUUUGAAGAAUAUCAGCUCUUUUCCAAAAUUAUGUAAGGCAUUUUUUGGCAUAAUUGCUCAGGUGGGGUGUUAAAAAAAUAGUUAUAUUUUCUUAGUAAUAUUGGUGAGUAAUCUGUUUUUAUUCACCAUCCAGUUUUCAGAAAUGUUCAGGAUAAUAAAGUCUGAAAGAGAGAUCUAACACAAUGUUUCAACUAGUGACAACAUAAAGGAAUUGAUAGUAGUUCUUAGUCAAUGAGUUUUGUGAUCUUAGUAGUUAGCUCAUAUUAUAGGACUUACUCAUCGUCAUUUCUGCUCGAAAACGCUCCAAUUUUGACGUCUUAAACACCUUUUUGCUGGAGUAACUCACAUACAUUUGUUAGAAAGUGAUGAAUAAAGUCUUACGUUCUUUGAGGCUUCUAUAGUAAGCUUUGAAAGCGUUAAAUUUUAUACGGCUUCAUAGCCAUUACAAAUUUUCUAGAUAUAAUGGCUCAGUUUCAUCGGUCGAUAACUCGGACAAAAUAAAGCGUGCGGAGACUCCCCGCAGGCGGUUUAACGGCUAGUGAAACUCAUAAGUCGAUAGUUCGGUCGAUAUACGGCAUGCAGGUGAUUCCCCGCAGGCUGUGAUGUAGUAUAACGACUAGUGAAACUCAUAAGGGCAUGCUUUAUGGAAAUCCCCCGCACCCCGCUCGUGAGCCCUAUCGACCAAUGAAACUGAGCCAUAAUAGAACCCAAAUAAAAUAUAAGUGUGUUUCGAAAACGAGGUAUAUUUUUAUUCAGCAAAAGGUUGUUGACAAACUUAAAGCUUACAAAUACAAAAUGUGUUUUAUAAACCAAAAAUAUUCGCCACACGUAACUUCGGAAGUUAGCGUUAUAGGAAAAAGGUAAAGUGUAAUUUCUAAAUGACAAAUAAUUGUACAGUAUUAGAUAUUAAUAAUCAUUCACUAUCACGCACGUUUUGCGGAGUGGUAGGUACUUGGGUCAAAAACUUAUUUCAUAUGAGUUAAGGUUACCCGUAUUUUCUGUAGACGUCGUAAUAAAAAUGGACUAUAAGCCUUGAACAACCUUCUACUUGUACAAGCUGUACUAUGAAAGACUUAGAAAAAUGUAUCGAACUCGUUGACUAUUAUAAUGUUCACAAUAAACGUUUUUGGCCCAAUUUAAACUCUCGUGAGAUAUACUAACAUUAAACUAAUUCUACGGAUUCCACUCACGUGUUUAUAGUCACUCGCGCAACAUGUUUCACGCGAUGUGUUUAGAGUACGCGAAUCACGGCCUUCGUGAACGCUGCUCGCACUGUUAGUUCGUGAGAAAGGAGACCUAUAGGCUCUCCGAAACAUGUCGUACGAGUAACUAAAGACACGUGAGUAGAAUCUGUAGAGUUAGUUUAAUGUUUUUUGCCCACUAUUCGUCGAAGUUAAGAACAUAGCCAUGUCUUUUUUAAAUGACCUUCUCACUUAAAAAAUGGCAGCAUAAUUAUUGACGUUUCGUGGAGCUAUUUGAACCUAAUAGUUAGAUAAGUAUGUUUUGGGAUAAUUUUUACUACUCUGUAUAACCAAUACUGCGUGUAUACUAUGUACUGUAUGUAUAGUAUUGUAAUAGAGAGGUAAAGUUUAAGAAAAAAACGUGCCUCUUAUGUUGACAUCCAAAAUAGAUGGCGCUGUUUGACAAUUCAGUGACCGCAAAACAUACGGCGUAGUACAGCGCCACCUGUUUUGGAUGUCAAACUAAGUGGCACGUUUUUUUCUAAGACUUUGCCUCUCCUCUAUUACAAUCAAUUAUAUUUUAAGACUCAAAUCUCGACCACUACAGGUCUCAAAUAGCCUUUCAAGGCCGUGAUUGUAAAGUACCACUUUGUAAGACGUGCGUUUUUACAUACUUAUAAUUGAACUUAAACAAAAAAAUUGCUCAUUCUCAUAUUUCAAGUUUGCAUGCCCUAGUCACUUUGAUAAAAAUUAGUAUUUUAAAGAAAUUUUAUUAAAGACCAAUAGUUAAAUUAACAAUUUUAAAUAUAUAUCUAGUAAAAAGAGUAUUGAUUAGUAAACUUUGUGCAUUAAUACUUUUAGAAUGGUUUAAAAUUGUAAACUUAAAAAUAAUAGCAAUAAUGGAAUAGUGAAAUUACCUCUUAAAUUAAGUAAGCACUUUUCUGAUAUCGCACCCGCAUCGAUCAUUGAUAAAUUGUCAUUAAUAUAACGGCGUUUCUAUAAGUUUUAAUCUAAGCGGUGUCGGCGAAGUUAAUCGGGAGAAAUUGACAAACUUGCUAUUUUGAUGAGUGCCCAUCACGUACAUAGGUCACUAGAUAAGUUUUGCAAUAGUCAAAUAUGAAACAAACAGGUGGCCUAUCACAUAUACUUUUUAAAACUAUAUUUCCUAUUUUCGAGAGUUCCUACACAGAUGUGGCUGGAGAGAGUCGUCAGCAUGCGAUUGUGGAGGUGCAGAGCAUGGACCAUAUUAUCCGCGAAUGCCCACUCACCAAAUACCAGGGCAACCCGGCAGUGGACUUGUUCACCUUAGACAACAAUGUCACCCAAUGGAUCCAACGAUUGGGCGUACUGCUGUAAUAAAUAUACCUACCUAUAUUUCAUAUGAAUGAACGAUUGUAUUUUUGCCAUACGAAUAAAUAAAUAACUAUAUUUCCAUAGGCAAUGAUUUGCUGGAAAUUAUUUACUUUCUUUUUAAAUUUACUCAUUAAAAAAUCUUUAACUUUUUAUGAAAUGAAAAUGUUGUAUAAAAUAUACGUAAAUCGCUCUUAGCCCACACUGACGAUUUCUAAGUUUAAAUAUAUUUUUUAUAAGUAAAUUUAAAAAUAAAGUAAAUGUUUUCCGCCUUAACACUGUCUAUGGAAAUAUAGUUUAAAAAAAUAUGAUAGUCUACCUCAUUGUUUCAUAUCAUAUUUGUCUAUUGCAAAACUUAUCUAGUAACCUACGUAUAUCUUAAGUAACAAUCUAGUAUUCAAUUAUGCAAAAUCUUAAUCACAAACUACACUCUGGCAAACCAACUUGGUUAGAAGAAUAAUAAAUUAAUAGUUUAAAAACACUAGAAAAACACGCUUUGAAACCUGAUCGUGUUCGUUCAAAGUCGACCUUUCUCACAAGUGCAAACACGACUAUGAUACGAUAUUCCAUCAUGGAAUUCCAGAGCCUAUCUUCCGGCUUCAUCAUCAGACCUUGAAACCUAAUCGUGGUCAAAGUUUAUUAUAAGACUUUUCUAACAAAUCCAAACACAGCUAUGAUACGAUGUUCCAUCAUGAAGUUCCAGUUCAUAUCUUCUGGCUCCAUCAUCAGAUCAGUUCGACAGUACCAUAUUAUUGUAUUGUCAUCAAAACUACAUACAGCUGCCAAUUUUCAUGACGCUACGAUCCUUGGAAGAUGGUUAAAUUAGUUACCUUAGAUUCCAUUACAUAGUUACAUACAGGUCGACCUAAUAAAAGCGUGUUAAUUAAAAAGGCGCGAUAUUUCAAAUUUGUAUGGUAGAUCAAUUUUUGCGCCUACAUUUUUGAAAUUUGCCGCCUUUUUCUACUAACGAAGCUGGCUUGCUAGAGUAUAUUUGCAGCACAACGCAACCGGUGCUGCAGAGAUUAAAUUGUUUACAAACGAGUUUGUCAAAUUCACCCUCAUCCCGACUGAAGUUAGUCGCAAAUUACAGGAGACGACUAAAUUCCGGCACGUUCAGGACUUCACAAGAACCUACAUUAUUUCCUAAUUAGCUUGAAACUUCCUUCGAUAAUGUUAUUCAAGUUCUACAUUAUAGGUACGUGAAGAGAAACAUGUCGUUAUCUUGAUUUUAUUUAAAGAUUAUUAGUAUAUUGGUAUAACUGUUUCCUGUAAUUUGCCGUGAAUCACGUUCGAUACUGGCUGCUCCUAACUCUCACGAAAAAGAAAACAUGCAGAUAUGAAAUGUUUAUUCGUAUAUCAAAAAGUAUAACCCUUUCUUCAUGAACAAGUCUAUAAUAAAGGCGAAUCUAUGGCUUAUUCAAAUUUCCUAUUAGUCUGUUCGGAAAGAGAAGAGUCGUGUAGUGUAUUGGUUGACUCUAACUGUACUUUUCUUUGCAAAUGCAUAUUUUACAAUGAGGUGGAAUAAAUAUGGACAAGGACGAGACGAUGGUAAAGAAAUAAUGUGAUUCAUUUUAAAUGGACGUACUUUAUCAAAAAGGAUCCAUACUCUAAAAUUGGUCAAUUAAAAUGACUUGUUCUACUGCCAGAAAGUUCAAAUUUUAUAGUGGAAUGGAACGUUUUUUUAUUGGCGUUCUAUAAGUUGUCUUAAUUAGUAGUUGUUGGUUGGCUGUGCAAAGAAAUGUGCAGUUGACAAAAUAUUUGAGUCGGAGAGUAGCCAGCGCAAAGAACGUGUGCAGAAAAGAGAAAAUAAUGACCUAAAGUGCCAAAUACGUCGUUAUUCUUGUUGUGUAAGUAUCAUUAAGUCAGUUUCAUUAUAUUAUAACGCUGGUUUGUAAAGAUUACGUAACGAUGAAUUAUGAUAUUAUAUAACUAGACUUCAAGUCUUAGUAAUGGCAUAUUACUUUAUUUGGCAUAUAAAAACAACCCCUAUGUCUUGUUACUAAAGACAUAAGACCGCAAUUUCAUUAGGGACUCAAUAUUUGCUUACUCUUGUUAGAUUACGAUCAAGAUACGCACAGAUUGUGAAAUUAUGCCUUAUUGGUGUUGGUUGUUCUCUUCUGUUAGUCGUUUUGGUAGAAAGUCAGGGUCUUUGGGUAGCUAUGUAGCAUUAACAUGUCUACCUUCUAUGCGUUAUGUGUAUACGCAUUUUACGACGAAUUUCGUAACCCGGCCCGAAAAAGACCCUUGGACUAUGUAUUUUUAAAUUUUGGAUGUUUUGUUUUUUGCCCUAAAUGACGCCAUUUCAUUAAGGAAUAUAUUAAAGAUUCACCAUACCGAUGUGGAUAGUAAUUUGCAUCAUACUGCUACGUACGAUUAUCGCUGCUACGCGCUAGAAUGCUACGCGUCGUAGCGCUGGGCCUAUUCGUAGAACGUAUACCAUCAAAAUCUUUCAUAUGUUUCUGAUGAAAUUCAUGUUUUUGUUCUGUUUUUGCAUUGAUGUCAUAUAAAAUUUUAACGUAUACAGAUACUUUUUUAUUUUGUCUAACUAAGUAAUAUACAGGGCGUCCCAAGACUAUGGGACAUCAAGGGAAAGUACCUUAAAUAUCGUAAAUAGGAUAUUUUGCUGAAAGAAGACUUUAUGUUAUUUUUAAAAGUCAGCAAUUCUGCAUUUAAAGCUUUUCUAAGAAUUACUUGCUUCAUCUGGGAAUCGAACCGACUUUCCCUUGAUGACCCAUAGUCUUGGAACGCCCUGUAUACAAAAAGAUAUAUUAUUAUAUUGUGGAAUUCCUAUCUCUAAUUAUUUACUUAACCAUUUAAUAACUUUGUGAUUUGUAAUUUGGUCCAAUCAUUAAUUAAAUAGUACUAAAUUAACUCUCAUUCUAUUUCUAAGAGUUACAAAUUGAAACUAUAAUUCUAAAGAGACAAAAUACUUAAUAUUUUACUUAAAUAGCAACAAACCGAGUCUUACAUAAAGUAGCCAAAUAAAAGUUAAACUUUUUACCACAAAAAGUAAAAGCGACAACGGCAAAGAUACUUUGCUUAUUUUUAUGGUUUCGCAUUAACAAAAUGAGAACGGAACGAAAUGUUAUGAGAGAAAUAGUACAUUGUGCAACGAGGGGGGUAAGUGAAAUUUUGGAUACGAGGGUGGUAAAGACCCGAGUUCGCAAUAUUCUUACUCCCGGAGUUACACACAAUGUUUUUCAUCUCACUUGGGAAGAAAAAACUAAAUUUUAAGCGAAAUAAUUCUUAAAUACGGUGACGUAUCAAACAUUCGUCCGCCAUUUUGUAAUUUCUUGGCAGGUGAAGCAUCGAAGGCACAGACCUAUUCGGCAUUCAGCCACGAUUGAAAAUGAUGUAAAAAGAUUUUAAACUGCUGUUAAUUUAAUCAAAUUAAAUAAUUUUAAACAUAAACAAAAAUAUUAAAUUAUAAACGUCAGUAUUUUAAAAGUAAAACUCAUUUAUGCUACUUGGUUUGUAUGAAUAAGUGACAUUAUUUAAAAAAAAGCUUUUUUUUUCACAAUCCAUAACUCCCACGGGAACAAAAUAGGCCUUUGUCCUUCAGCACACCUGCAUGAAAUAAGAUCUUUUUCGAGCAAGUGUGAUGAAAAUAAUACUAAUUUCAAGUUGCUGUUAACGUGGACUGACUUAACUCUUCCAAAAUUAACAAUUCAGGGUUUUCACGUUUCCGUUGAGCUGCGGAGUCAAUGCUUUCAAUGCAUUGCUUUUUCGACAGUUAAAAAGCAAUGCAUUGAAAGAAUUUGAAAUAAAUUCGACAAUAAUUGUGUUAUUUUAUUAAAUUCUGCUAAUGGAAUUGUUGUUUCUAUAAACGAUUACCCCUAGCUAUGCCAAGAAUACUUAAACGGCAUACCCUACACUUGUACUAAUAGGGUUGUUUCCAUCUACAAAUCUUAGGGCAGAAUUGUAUCGCAAUAAAUUCUUUUGGAUUAUAAGAACAUGUUAAACUACUUUUAGGGAACCUGUAAUGACCAUAUUUUUGUAAAUAUUGAAUUUAAAAUAUCUUUUAGCACACGUCACGUGACCAAACUCGAAACGUCAUUGAAGAUUCUGAUGACGUCACAACUCUCGGAUUGACACUGUUGACAGUUAGGCGAUAAACAACAAAUGACAAAUGUCAGUUGACAGUUCGUAUCUUCUACGUAUGUAUGUAGUUAUGUGUCAAACCGUAAACUGUGACGUCACACAAUUUUCAAAGAGCGUUUUGGGCGCGAAAGCAUCUGUCAAAAUAUAUUUUGUUAAUUUAACAUAUUCAAAGCCGUUUUUAGUAUAAAAGUUGAAUUUUAGGGCAACUUUUAGUUAAUGUAGAACGUAAUACACGCGUUUCUAAAAAUUGGAAACAACCAUAUUACGGAGAGAAUUUGGUUCUAAGUAUUAGAUACCAUAGUGCAUAAACAAAGUUUUAUUUACAACGAUUUUGAAUUCAAUUUAAUUUAUUUAUUUCGGACCAUGUCCAUAGUGUUAGUUUACAUUCCCUUAAUCCUAGUGAAACCUAUAAUAAAUUAUAAACUAAGCCUCUGUAUCCCAUAUGAACAUCCUCCCAGUGUUCCCAGAAGGCGCAAGCAAGCGACUCUAACACAUUUCUAAAAAAAAAACCCGCGUCAUUAGUAACAGUGUGAACUAUAGGGCAUCGAUGUAUUUGGGUUAAUGCUUAUCGAAUCGAUACUUUCGUGUUUAGUUAAGUCAGUUCACAUUUCCCGUUCGUGUAAAUAGUGGGUAUAUAGAUAUUUAGAUACCUACUCACGGUAGGUAUUAGGAGUAUCAUAAUAUUUAGUUUAUCACAUUUUAAUUACCUGACUGAUGACUAUUACUUUUAGCCUCACAAGAUUAUAUUUGGCCUUGAGAUAAUAUCGAUACAAGCAGCUUACAUAUAACAAUAAUAUGCGCAAUUGCGUACGUUAUGUAACGUAAAAUAAAAUGUCUGUAGACACCGGUCAUGUCACUAAUUUUAAAACAUUGUUUAUUGGAAUACGCCUUUUGAUGUAUUUAUUGUAUUCAAAUUAUGUUUUCUUGCAUCUUUGACAAUCUUUGAAAAUCGUUUAUAAUUGCGAAUAAUUUCUCUUUGUUUUUCAUCGAAGACAUUCGAUAACUUACAACGUAUGUUGUAAAAAAUCUCUUGCCAGUAAAAUAAAUUAUUAGCACUGAUAAUCCACAACAUGGCAUGCGCCAAAUAAAAUAUUGUCAGGUUACACUAUUAUAUCUACUAUUAUCUACCAGUUAAGCUUAUUUGAAGAUUGUAAAACGCCAACGAUGACUUACGGCCCGAUUUGAAGAAUGAGAUACGAUAACGAUAAGUUCUGGUUUAGGUAAGUUCUCAUUUAGAUGUCGUCUUUAUGUCGUAUAAUUCACAGAAGCACCUCGAUUCGGGCAACCAAUGUCACUUUGACGUUAGAGAUAUCGUAGAUAGAUCUUAUUAGGAUCACAGCGGAAUCGAAAUAAACGUCAAUUUUGACAUGUUGUUUAGUUAUCGAUCUUUUAAAGAUCUUUCCAAGAUCUUAAAAGUGUCUUAAUCAUUCUUCGAAUCGGGCCGUUUAUUCGUCAGAUAAAUGGUAAGAAGCUUAUUCAGGACUUUACUUGGACAUUGUGAAACAGGCUUUAAGUUUAACAUGUUUGAGUUUGCCCCAUCUUUAUACCCUACCAUACUUAUAAGUAAAUUUUAUGUUUUCCGUUUAAAUGAUCCACCGAAGAACAAUCACGCUAAGUUUUUGGGUAUGUACAUACCAAUUAAGUUUGGUCUAUAUACCCUGUUUAUAGUUUAUAUUGUUUUAUACUAUAGUAUUUUAAUCGUUCAUAUUAUUAUUCAUUACAAGAACUAGGAAUCGUAUUUCACAGUGUAUAACGCAUGAAUCUAAAUACAUGUUAAUAACAUCCUCAUUUUCUGAAAAAUAAAGGGUUUGUUUACCCGCUAGUUCAUAAACUAGUUUAGUUUCUGUUUCCGUAGCUUUAGGUGAGGCUUGUUGUUUUAGAGUUUAUAAUUAACUAUUGUUAUUUCCUCUGUAAUUAUCGUUGGCUAUGUCAACAACGUUCGGCGUGCAGCCCUCUGGUCAUAAUUUUGUAAAUUUAAACGCUAUCGAAAUCGAAAUGUUAUGAAAAUAAUAGCAACUGCGGAUAUUUUAGACGAUAUGCAUAAGUCAAACUGAGCUCUAACAUGAACAAAGGGGUUGAAACGUCUUUUAAGAGCCCUUGAAAUACUUAUAAAUCCGAUAAAUUAUGCUACGACCUAAAAACUUCUGGGUAAAAUUCAUUUUAUUGAAACGAAAUGCUUCAAUCUCUACUAAACAAAUACUGAAUAAAUUUUUGAGUAGGUUUUCAAAAUAUAUUUUAGUUGAAAAAUGCAUGGCUUUGCUCAAGUUAAGAAGACUAUUGAUAUUACACUAUGAAUUUGUAUCUGUUGACCUCAUUUAAUUUGUUCCAAUGUUCGUAAGUUCGUAUCCUACCGGCUGCGCCAAGAAGAAUUUUACACUUAUUGUUAAUAAAACAAUUAGUUGCACUAGUUAUUGUGUUUAUUUUUAAUGAAUAGAACUUUGAACUAUAAAUACAGUUAAAACGACAUAUCCAACAUAUCAGUCUUUGUAGUAAGGAGAUAGGCAAGAGAGAGGGCUGCCAAGAUGAUUUUCCUUGACUUGGCAAAGGUCUAUAAGCUCCAAGUCUGUACAAACGCUUGCAAGUGCGUCAUUGUACAUAGUUCCGGACAUCCAUGCCUGGUAGACGUCAACGUCGUUGUUUCGCUUGACAUAAUUAUUUAUAUUUAAAAUAUGUGAAAAAAAAAAACAAAUGAAGCAGAGAAGAUUAGACCAAGCAUCUGUCAAUUUCCUCUUAGGGGUUUUCGUUCUUCGGAUUCCAUGCAACACGCGCCAACGUGUAAAUACAUCGCAAGCGCUUGCCGCAAGCUUGCUUUGAUCUGUGUCCAAAACCCGACACCGCCCCGAAUCGCGCCAAGCUCCUGCAAGCUCAGGCGCGACAAGCCAAACACCACCGUUUUCAUGCUUGCGCCUGCCGAUACUCACGCGUGGAAACGCACUUUUGAGCCUGAUUUACAUGCGUGCCAAGGCUUGGCAAGCGUCAGGGACGCAGUUAUGCGUUAGAGGGAGCAUGCGAUAUUGCAAUCUCAUUCCACCGCAUAGCUGCGUCCAUGACGCUUGCCAAGCCUCGGUAAGCAUGUAAAUCAGACUUCUAGAUUUUAUAGGAGUGCGUUCAUAAAUAUCAGUCCACUACAGAAUAUAAUUUAUGUUUCUAAAAUUACUCAAAAUAUUCAAAUGUCCGAAAUAAUCUGUGAUAUAAGAAUAAGUAAUAACUUCUAUGAGUUUAUUAAGAUUCGCUUAUGGAAUAAAGCCCUUUAGAGUUAAUUUUAGAGAGACAGUAUUUGUAUAGGCCGAACAAUAACAGAGCAAUGGAGUUCUAAAUAAAUGUACCGGUUAAGUAAACUUGACACGGUUCAACUUAAACUUGAUGAUGACUGUACGAAUUAUUGUGUUUGAUUAUGGCUUGUGGCCUGUUAUGUAGGAAUAUUACAGUCUUAAGACUAUCCGAAAGUUAGGCAAUAUUUCCCAAGGUAUUCGUUUGCAUGAAACGCGGUUUGAAUUAAUAAAUCCGUCAGAUUGCUUCAUUGACUAUAAAACAGACCCCUCUGACCACGUAGUCCUACUGCCUUUGUCCUUCCGAUCGGACCACAUGAACUUUUUUCUGAUUGGACCGAUUAACGCAUCGGACCAUUGAAACUAUCAUUUUCUUAGACGCCGAUCGGACCUCGUGAACUUCUGAUUUCCUGUUGGUUCGAUUAACUAAUUGGACUAAAGAAACUGUCAUUUUCUUAGACCACAAGGUCCCACUAACCACGGGGGCUGCACGUUGAACUGUAAUAAGUACCUACUUAUAAUUAAAGUAUUACCUUACUUGUAAGUAUCUACGCUGUUAUUGCUACAAAUUUUAUUUACUGUUAAAUAUCGUACUUCAAUCACUUGGUCGAAACUAUUACCUAUUGUAUUAUGAAAUCAAUAAAUAGAUAUCAUAUAAA